AUGAAUCUCGGUACGGCGUCGCGUGACGAAAAAGAAUCCUCCGGCGUCGUGCUCAUUGCAUCGACCACCCCUGCGGCCUCGGCGACCCUGCACGAGACCUUGAAGGCCGGUCAAGCCGUCAGGAGUUGUGCGGCAGUCCACUUCAAAGGCCCUGCUCCAGUCUUCAGCGACGUCAAGAGCGUCCCGACGGCCGUCCCGCCCUUGCCAAAUGCAGGGGGUGUGCGAGGGGGGCGCCCCUCCUAUGCGGCAAAGCAGGGAGCUGCCGACUUUGCGUUUGACUACGGGCUCGCCUUCAGCUUGCGGCCUGCAGGGGCUUUUGCUCGGGGCGGCUUUGGGUCGACGUGCAUCGGGCAAACGUGCGGCGGAAAGGGGGCGGUCUAUGCUCGGGGGAGUGAACCCUUCAUCUGGGAGCGGAAACGGAACCGGGGUGGGGCACUCAUCUGCCGAGGCGGAGGGGGGCAUCUCCUGUGCUUACGGUGCGUGGAGGCUCAGUACAAAGAGGGGAGCCCCUUUGUUUCAAGCGCGACCGGAUGCUCCAUUCCUCAGCAAGAGCUCUUCACAAAGUACGAAGUGUUCCUUAGUACUCAGAAGCUUCGGGAAGUACGGUCGGGGGAGGAGGCGACCGAGGGCGGCCACCAAUUCUUCGUGCAAAGGAGGGAUCUUGCCCCCUGCCCGUACUGUCGUGAGCCCAAGGCGGCCGCUCCGGUGAGGCGCGGUGUCAAGAGGGCGCUUGAAGAGGGGCCCAGCCCACGAAAGCUUGGCACGGUGGCGCUCCUUUCUGAGUUGAGGCGAAGCAAGAUCCCUCCGAUCGCCGUUGCCCCCGGCCUUUUUCUUGUUCCCCUGCUCGACGCCUCCAGUGGGCGCCUUUUGGACAUUGCUGCCACGGAUCGGGGGCUCGUCAACGUCCCCCGACUUGUGAAGGUCGACCACAUGGGCAGCUUGCGGUGCCUGUGCGGCCAGAAGGCGUGCCGGGACCACGAUGUGGGGUUCCUGGAGGCGACGCGUCUCAUGGGCGGCUGGUGGCAAAACGGAGAGGCCAUCUUCACGGCCUUUGACGACAGCCGCCCCUUUGUGCUCGAGGUCACCAACGGCGUGCCUUGGGUUUUGCCGCUAGAACAAGGGGGGUGCCUGGGAGGCACACUCUUUGGGCUUGACGCGGAGGCGUGGAGAGGGGGGCCGCAACUCCGAGUGAUCCUUGUGAGCAACCCUGGAGAGAAGCCCGUGGUUUGCAUGCUUUGGGGGGAGAAGGCGCACUGCAGCGGCGUCAACUGCACGGGUCCAGAGCGGUGUCAACACCUUCUGGAGGUGCUCUCGAAGCAAUCCGUGCCCCUGAUCGAGCGCUCAAAUGAUGGAGGCGGGAGCGAGGCGACGCGGGCCCUCGCCGAGAGGCGGGCAGAGCGGGUUGAACAGCGAGAAGCGGGGACGAGGAGGCUUUUGGUCUGUAACGACCCCGCGUGCCGGCGACCAGACUCGAGAGUUGCGUGCAACCAUUGGCAGAGCCUCGAGCUUUGGGAGUGUCUCUCGGCGGCGGCGCUCGACAUGGGCCACAGCCACAAGAAGAUUGACACGGUCAUGAGCCGGGGCGGAGCGAGUGUUGCGAGCCUUUCUGAACGGUGGGGCGAAGAAGGUGUGCAACGGCGUGACAAAGCAAAGCACUUUUGCGCCCCACGACCCGUCGAGUUGCUCUCUCCAUGCGGCCGUCCAUGGCAGCUGGAGAGCAGGAAGGGGGCUCUGACGACGGCUGGAGCGCGCUACCCAAUUACCACCUAUCGAAGGGUCUGCCGCAUCGCUCCUGGGCGCGAGGCGGCAUGCUGCUCAGUAGCCUACGACGGCCAGGAUUUCGUUGACCGCGAGUUAGCGAAACGGCGGUGGUUACGUCUUAACGACGCACUGCGUAGCUGUCUGCAAGACGGCGUAAUAUCCCGGAUGGAUCGGCUUCAGUGAGCCGAUGUCACCGUUCAGGAUAAGUUGUGUUCGGCUUCGCCGUUCGAUGCAGCCAAGCUUAUCUGUGUUCUGCACAGCUUGCGUGGCUGGUCUUGUCAAAGGUAGUGGACAAGAGAGAGCUAUACGAUUAGCCGCAUAAUCCACG